AUGAGUGAAAUUAUGCGGAAAGCAACAAAGAUUGUUACCGUCCAACUUGUACUCGAGCAAUGCGUUUAUUCCCAGCGUUUCAAGAGUGCAGCUCGAAAAGUUGUUCGCGCCUACCAAAUUCUUGUUGAAGCGCAUUUGCAUUGUUCUUGAAAAACAAAGACCGAAAUAAGGAAUUAUAGGUUUUUUCUGGUAUUCUCAUCAAUUUUUAUUUUUUUACAGAUCGAAGAAGUCCCAAGCAAAAUCCUUCUAAAAGCCCGUCAAAGAUCAGUCUAGAAUCAGACGGUAAGCGCAAGAAAAACGACGGGAGCAAUCCGUUCGGAUAACCGCCGUUGACGUUCCGCGCUUUGUGCGUGUUGGCAGCUCUGAACGUUACGGACAACACCAUCACGUCGUGCCAAGCUAGAACCUGUGUUCUGUUACUGUCGAAAAAAAAGGUUCGACUUUCGAAUCGGAGUUGGCAGCGAGCCAAGGACACGCCCCCCAAACAGCCUGCGGCAGUUCCAGUGAAAACUGUUUAGGGGCGUGUCCUUGGCUCGCUGCCAACUCCGAUUCGAAUGUUGAACCUUCUUUUUUCAACAGUAGUUUUUCCCAAUUAUUCGAAUAAAUUAAAUUAUUUUGCAGACACCACUUUGCCCACUAUAGCAGUGCACUAUCGAUACGCUCAAAGUCAUUGGAGCUACAAUGUCUCUGCUGCGCUUAGCCGGAAACCUUUCACGUGUGUGGAGUGGAAAAAAGUCGGCUCAGUACGGGCCCGUUAUCUUUUGGUUGAAAUGGACGUUAACGCUUUCUUGAAUCAAGAAGACUGGAUUAAUGUGAAAGAGGAAGGUAGAAGAGGUAAUUUUCAGAGCUUUUCAUGCGGUUAGUUUCAAAUUUCAGAAUUUUUCGAAAGAAUGGUAAAAGGAGAACACGGACUGCCUCGCCAAUUCUUUUAUACGAACGUUGUACAAAGACUUCCGCGCCGGGCCGAUCCCAACAAUUCGGCUCUCUUCUAUGAGUGUGUUCAAAGAGUACAACGAGAAAGAACGUACUGGAAUCGAGCCGAAACACGUGGAACUCAUUGAAUUCGACGACGAAGAAGAGGACGAUGAUUCGUUGUGUGGAAGGGCGUUUGAAAGACAGGCGGGAGAUGAGCGCACUGUCAAGAAACUGAUCUCGGCGGUGUACAUCGAAGGUUCCACGGAAAAGUCGAGGAGUACUUCAAAUUGCUGUUGGAUUGCGAACAAAAAGGAGACGAAAACUGGGCGACGCCUUCGAUUUCCAACGUCAGGGAUAUGCUCGAUUGUGGAAUUUAA